AAUUCUAGAAGUUUCGGUCUUUAUUAAACAGCCCUGUGUGAACGCUCAUCAUCACGGCCUUUGACGAAGAAAACUACAGAUUCGCCUACAAGUUCUGAGAGAGAGACGAGUGAAGACAUGACACGGUACGAUGUGCUGAACGAGAUGCGGUUGAAGGAGGAGCAGUGCGACGUGGUCCUCAGAGUGGACAAGGUGGAAUUCAAGGUCCAUAAGAUCAUCCUGUGCGCGCGCAGCCCGUAUUUCAGAGCCCUGUUCACGAAAGAGGCCCGCUCGGAUCAGACGGUGUACACCUUCUCGAAUGUAUCUCCAGACAUCAUGGAGCUUAUAAUCCACUACAUGUACACCCAGGAUGUUCGAGUCACCUCUGAUAAUGUGCAGGCUCUGUUGGUCAUGGCCGAUUACCUGCUCAUGCGAGACCUUGUUCGCAACUGCUGCGACUUCCUGACAGAACAUCUCAGCUGCUGUGAGAUAACCGUGCUUCCCAACUGACACCGUCGCGUACGAAGACCUUCUCUAGACGUGGAGCUUUUUUUAAAAAAAAAAAAAAAAACAAAACGCUAAUAAACCACACUCCAUUGGCAGAACCUCUGUCUCCGG